ACCCAACCUGCUUUCCAGGCCUGGCUUUGGGCGGCGUCAGGCUGGCGCUUGGCACCUGAACACCCUCGCGCCCCCCACCCGCUUCAGUCAUUACAGUUUUGGGAUUCAUUUUAACUUUCAGACGUGAGGCUGGUGACGAGAACUGACUUUGAAUGACACCUAUAAUCAGUCUUCAAUUAUCUGUGCUGGUGGAAGAGGGAGCGUGGGCCUGGCUCCUCUGAGCCCUUCCACGUGGCUCUCUGCCGCGCCCUGGUUUUCACGUGACACCAGAGAGUCCACUGGUCCAGAGGCGACCCCAGACCUGGUGACAAAGCCGCUCCAUGUGAACUGGGGAGGGGCCGCCCCGCCAGCCCUGACUUCUCCCCUGCAGCCCCGCUGCGUGGAGAGGCAGCCCCGCCCUCCUCAGGGUUGCGCAGGAUUUGCCCUUUCUGCAGCCCUCCGGGGAGCUGAGGAGGUGGAUAACAGGGUUUCAAAGGGCACCGGCACUGCAGAUAAACAGGGGGAGCGGAAAUGUCAACAGAACAAACACUUCGCGUCAAUAAACUUUCGGUUUAUCCAGAGCAGAUCUCAUUUCCCUGAGUACGAUCCAGAGGAGGCCAGAACUCCAUGUCCAUCCGCUGGCCGGGCCGCCCCCUCGGAAGCCAUGCCUGGAUCCUGAUCGCCAUGUUUCAGCUCGCCGUGGACCUGCCCGCCUGCGAGGCCCUGGGCCCGGGGCCGGAGUUCUGGCUCCUGCCGCGGUCGCCGCCCCGGCCGCCCCGGCUGUGGAGUUUUAGGAGUGGACAGCCAGCGCGGGUCCCGGCCCCGGUGUGGAGCCCCCGGCCGCCCCGAGUGGAGCGGAUCCACGGGCAGAUGCAGAUGCCCCGAGCCAGACGGGCCCACAGGCCCCGGGACCAGGCGGCCGCCCUCGUGCCCAAGGCAGGACUGGCCAAGCCCCCAGCUGCUGCCAAAUCCAGCCCUUCCCUCGCCUCUUCGUCCUCGUCCUCGUCCUCCGCGGUGGCCGGGGGGGCCCCGGAGCAGCAGGCCCUCCUGAGGAGGGGCAAGAGGCACCUGCAGGGGGACGGUCUCAGCAGCUUCGACUCCAGAGGCAGCCGGCCCACCACAGAGACUGAGUUCAUCGCCUGGGGGCCCACGGGGGACGAGGAGGCCCUGGAGUCCAACACAUUUCCGGGCGUUUACGGCCCCACCACGGUCUCCAUCCUACAAACACGGAAGACAACUGUGGCCGCCACCACCACCACCACCACCACGGCCACCCCCAUGACGCUGCAGACUAAGGGGUUCACCGAGUCCCUGGAUCCCCGGAGAAGGAUCCCAGGUGGGGUUAGCACAACGGAGCCUUCCACCAGUCCCAGCAACAACGGGGAAGUCACCCAGCCCCCAAGGAUUCUGGGGGAGGCCUCAGGUCUGGCUGUCCAUCAGAUCAUCACCAUCACCGUCUCCCUCAUCAUGGUCAUAGCUGCUCUCAUCACAACUCUUGUCUUAAAAAAUUGCUGUGCCCAAAGCGGGAACACUCGUCGGAACAGCCACCAGCGGAAGACCAACCAGCAGGAGGAGAGCUGCCAGAACCUCACGGACUUCACCUCGGCCCGGGUGCCCAGCAGCCUGGACAUAUUCACGGCCUAUAACGAGACCCUGCAGUGUUCUCACGAGUGCGUCAGGGCAUCUGUGCCUGUGUACACCGACGAGACGCUGCACUCGACGACGGGGGAGUACAAAUCCACAUUUAAUGGGAACCGACCCUCCUCUUCUGAUCGGCAUCUUAUUCCUGUGGCCUUCGUGUCUGAGAAAUGGUUUGAAAUCUCCUGCUGACUGGCCGAAGUCUUUUUUACCUCCUGGGGGCAGGGCAGACGCCGUGUGUCUGUUUCACGGAUUCCGUUGGUGAACCUGUAAAAACAAAACAAACAAAACAAAACAAAAAAGACAAAACCUAAAACUGAGCUAUCUAAGGGGGAGGGUCCCCGCACCUACCACUUCUGUUUGCCGGUGGGAAACUCACAGAGCAGGACGCUCUAGGCCAAAUCUAUUUUUGUAAAAAUGCUCAUGCCUAUGGGUGACUGCCUUCUCCCAGAGUUUUCUUUGGAGAACAGAAAGAAGAAAGGAAAGAAAGGAACCGGAGGCAGAGAGACGAGGAUACCCAGCGAAAGGGACGGGAGGAAGCAUCCGAAACCUAGGAUUCGUCCUACGAUUCUGAACCUGUGCCAAUAAUACCAUUAUGUGCCAUGUACUGACCCGAAAGUCUCGGCCGCAGAGCCGGGGCCCAGCGAAUCACGCAGAGAAAUCUUACAGAAAACAGGGGUGGGAAUCUCUUCCGAUAGAGUCGCUAUUUCUGGUUAAUAUACAUAUAUAAAUAUAUAAAUACAAACACACACACACUUUUUUUGUACUGUAGCAAUUUUUGAAGAUCUUAAAUGUUCCUUUUUAAAAAAAAGAAUUGUGUUAUAGGUUACAAAAUCUGAUUUAUUUAACAUGCUUAGUAUGAGCAGAAUAAACCAGUGUUUUCUACUUUGGCAACUCACGUCACACACAUAUUACACACAUGUGCGCAUACACACACACAAUACACAUACAUGCAUAUAGACGCAUCUAUUGGAAAUGCAGUUCCACAGGUGAGCAUGUUCUUUCUGGUGACCUGGUAUUCCAUCACCAUUCACCCCAGGGGACAGCCUCGACCGAGACAAGGAGGCCCUUAAAUGACAGCCUGCAUUUGCUAGAAGGUUGGUGAGUGGCAUCAAAUGUGUGACUUACUAUCUUGGGCCAGAACUAAGAAUGCCAAGGUUUUAUAUAUGUGUGUAUAUAUAUAUACACACAUAUAUAAAACCUUGGCAUUCUUAUAUAUGUUUGUGUGUGUAUAUAUAUGUUUGUGUAUAUAUAUACACAUAUGCAUACAUAUGAUUUUUUUUUUCAUUUAAGUGUUGGAAGAUGCUACCUAACAGCCACGUUCACAUUUACGUAGCUGGUUGCUUACAAACGGGCCUGAGCCCCUGGUUGGGUGGGUGGUGGAUUCUUGGACGUGUGUGUCAUACAAGCAUAGACUGGAUUAAAGAAGUUUUCCAGUUCC